AUGAAAUGGUCAUUGAUACUCCCCCUCCUCUUCACAAUCACUUUUCUCAUAGCACCGAUCGGAGCACAAAGUAUUGCCAAUAGCUUCUUCGCCGAAACCGGAACAAAUGCCGGCUUUUACUCAAGAGUCAAUCAAAAGGGCCUCGACUUGUUAUCCGAUUAUCUGAAAGAUCGAGUGAAUCGUUUCAUGGCUGCCGGGGAUCUCAAUUUCAACAUUUCUUCAUCAAUUAGUCCUGAAAUCAAAGUGGCUCUAUUAUCACAACGAGUGCUUUCAUUUGAUGAGACACAAUUUCGGUCAAAGUUGGAAUCACAACCGGGCAAAGGAUUGCAAUGGACGGGUAAAAGUCUUAACAUCUCUGUGUCAACAAUGUUCACCAUUGAGACGAACGCCGGGGAGUUAAUUGGAACAGCGCCGUUGUUGAUUGAAAAUGCAAACAUUGAUUUUCUCUUGUGGACGGGCGUCAACGCUGAUGGGCAUUUGAAAACGGAUCUCGUCACUUGUAAAGUAAGCGGCGGUUCCGGGACACUCCAGCUGGCAGCUAGCGAUAUUGGGCAACUCGGCGAGGAAUGGCCUCAAGUUCAAGAGUAUCUCAAUGCGAAUUUGGAUCAAAUCAUUUGCCCAUCUUUCCAUUCGGAAUUGGUACCGGUGGUCUCGAAUCGUUUAAUGAACACCCCGCUUUCUGCAUCACUUUUUGAUCAAUUUUUCAUCAACUAUGGGCUUUUAGGACCUGUUCAAUUCGACAGCGAUAAGAUUUUGUUGAAACAUCGUGGAAACACUUUCGGCAUUUUGAGACAAGGAAGAACAAGACUAAACGAUUUCCGAUUGCCAUUCCGAGCUGGGAACCUAGAGGUCGAGGCGGAAAGCGGUCGCAUGGUCGACUUUUUAAUUAGCAACUACACACUAGGAAGUCUACUAUUUUGGAUGGAUCAAUAUAGAAAAUUCGACUAUGAGAUCUCAAAAACAGCUCAAAAUAACUCGGCUCUGGCUGGGUAUUUGAGGACGGAUUGUGGAAAGGAUGAUAUUUGUGCGGGCACGAUUUUCCCAGCACUGAAAGAGAAAUUCGCUGCCGGUUCGGUGGUGAUCAAAUCGCACACCUCAUCGUAUCCACGUCUUGUCUUAAACGAUGGUAAAGCUAUCAUUUAUGUGGACAACAAGAUCGACGCAUAUGUACAGCAACCCGAUCGAACCCGUCGCUUUCUGACAGCGAACAUGGCUGUUGAGGUGAAAUACGAUGAGCCGAAGUUUCUGGAUUAUGUUUUCAAGGCGAAAUUGCGCAUUGACAAGUUCAAAUUGACAGAUGUCUCGUCAACGGUUGAGGGAAUCGAUGCGAAUUCGUUGGAGUUCUUGGUGAACGCGCUCAUCGAAUUGGUGCUAAAUGAUGAAAUGGGAGAAAAGAUGAAGGGAAUGGCUUUUCCAAUCAUUUUCGAUUUCGAACAACACGCGGUGGAUUUGGUUUUCGAAAAGGAUCGAUUGCGGAUAUCGGCUGAUUAUUGUUAUGGGACGAAAUGUCAGGUGAAAACCGAGGAAUCGAAAGAUGGAAAUGUCGACUAUUAUGAUCAAGUGACCGGG